AGACAAUAGUCGAAAGCCUGUAGGAUCGGUGCAAUCAGUGCAGGCGCUGUUCGCCGGUUGUAUUAUACUGUUCCGAAGGAGACUCGCGACAGUCGUCUUUACGAUCACCUGCGGUUGCAAUCAGCGUUAUUUCAUCUCAGCUUUAUAUAUAUUUUUGUUUUUGAAAAAUCAAUUAUAAGAAAUUUUACACGCGUUUAAUCGAUCAACACGAUUUGGUUUCGCUUUUUUAUUCGUUUGUGUUAACGUUGUGUGCCGCUACCAAUCUAACAUGACGUCCAAGACCAUGAUGAACAGUGACAUGUUCCAACUGGACAUCGCCCCGCUGUGUGAUAACACCCUCACCUUGGCCGCCCAGGAACUCAGAGAGACGCCAGAACAAGUACAGAAGUCGUUGGCUGAACUACGUGCCAUACUAAAAGAAAGAAAUCAAAUUAUUUAUAAAGACUGUGAUGAAUAUCUCAAGAUAUUUUUGAGACCGACUAAAUACUAUCCAGAAAGCGCCUACAAUUUGAUGAAACGUUUAGCAGAAUUCAGAUACAAACACCAAAAAAUAAUAGCUAACCCGUUGCCCAGCGAAGAAAAGAAUUUAUUCACAGAUCACAAUGUAGUUAACGUACUAGUAGACAGAGACCACAACAACAGAAGAAUUCUAGUCCUCAAUAUGGGAUCUGCUUGGGACCCAAAGCUUCUUCCCAGUGAACAACUUUUCAAAUGCCUUUAUUUGAUCCAAAUAGCAUCAUUAGUCGAACAAGAGAGUCAAGUCCGUGGUGCUGUAAUCAUCAUUGAUUUUCACGGACUUUCCACAAAACAGGUGAUGGCUUUAUCGCCGUCGUUUGCCAUGACGUUGCUUCUUUACAUUCAAGAAGCCAUGCCAGUGCGUUUGAAGGAAGUCCACAUUGUUCGUCAACCGUUCUUGUUCAACAUGGUUUGGCCAAUGUUCAAACAGUUCAUCGGAGAUAAGCUUAAAAAACGCUUGUUUUUCCACGGUAACAAAAUGGCAUCUCUACACAAGCACUUGGACUCCAGUUUUCUCCCCGAGGAUUACGGCGGCAAGAAGGCAAAAUUGAACUACUCGAGCGCUGAUUGGUAUCCUGUUCUACUAAAUUUAGAGCCACACAUAGAAGAAUGGAAUAAAUUUGGAGUGUUGAAAAAAUAAUGAUACCAAUAUAUUUUAUUUCAAUCAUAUUCCACUCAAGAUGGAUCAUGAUCCUGCAGAGCUUUAUAAAAAUAAAUGCUGUUCAUGUUCGACCGUUCGAACUGUACACUUAAGUCAAAUUAAUUAGUAUUAGGAUAAAAAAAAAAAAAGUAUAAAAUUAUGAAAAAUAAGAAAAAUAAAAAGUCCAUAUUUUUAUAACAGUAAUUUUAUAUGAUUUUAUUAUAUAUUAUAUGAUAAGCGUUCGUGAUUAUAAUGGUAUCGCCGUUCUUUUUUAUGUUCACGAAUAUUUAUAGUCGGUAAAAUAUUAUGUUGAACAAUCAAGUCCAAGCGUAUCAUGAUAAAAAUUUUGUUGUUAUUCGUGUUAUAUUUUAGUAGUAAUAACGUUAAAAUGUGUAGCCAAAUUUACUUAGUUUAAAAUUAUAUUACUAUUAUGUCACCAUAAGUUUUCAUAAUUUAAGAUAUUAUCUUCAUAAUUAUUACUGCCGAAGAGGAAACAUAAUUAGAUAAUAUAUUUAUUCUAUUUAGUUUUGUAUAAUUUUCAUUAAACAAAAGUAAAAAAAAAAAUAAUCCAGUUUAUGGUAUUUAAUUACAGUAACCAUAACAUAAGCUCAAAACACUGUGAUCAAAUUAACUUUAUGACAAAAAUGUUAGCUUUGUAUUUAUUUUUUCAUUUAUGAAUUCAAAAAUUGUUGUAUACUGUGAUCUGAGUGGACUUUUUAAACUCAAACAUUUAUUAUUUGAUACUCUUCGUUUUAUACUUAUAUACUAUGUUUCUUCGAUAAUCUAUACUUAAUUGUUUUUGUGUUAUUUGAUCUUGUAUGAUUUUUUUUAUUACUUAUUUAACGUGUAAGAAUUCUGUAAGUUACCUAAUUUUUUUUUUAAACAUAGUUAAAUGUUACUCGACAUUUUUAAUGUAUGUCAGUAAUUUUUAGUACAUUUAUAUUAAUAAAGAAACAAUAUUAUAUUUAAAAAAUACUAGUAGAAAUUCGGGUAUUUCAAGUAGUUAGUAUAAGAAAAUUACUUAAAUUUUGUAAAUUUUUUUUAUGUUUUCUGUUAAAUAAAAUCUAGACAGAUUUAUGUAUG